AUGUCGCUUCAGAGGUACAGUCUUUCGUGGACGGAUAAGGUUAUCCGUCAAACUGAGGCCCACCUCCAAGACAUUCACUCUGCCAUUCAUCAGUAUUAUAAACGGGAGGGCUAUCCCACGCGUGUUCCUCAGCAUCAUCCAGCGACCUCAAAAUUAGAUGGCACGGUACCAAACGAACAAGCCGAGGUGGAAAGCUCGUAUGAGACGUUGCAGGCCGCUGACAGUGGAAACGCCUCCACAUCACAGUCCUUAGCGGAUGUGGUGAGUCUCGCUGGCAGUUUUCCGUUGCGAACCAGCUCGUAUCACACGCCCUUUUCGGAACUGAAUGCGACGAGCGGAAGUGUGGGCGCUGAUCUCGUCGUUACGAUGCCGGCGUCGAAGUGCAGUCAGGCAGAUCUCCAGAAUGGAGGCUACCUCGAUCGUCGCACGUUGUUUUUGAAAGAGUUGGGGGUUUAUUUCGAGAAGUUGGCUAAAGGGGCUGCGAUGAAGCUUAACACCACGAAGGGGAGCAAGCGUUGCGAUUCAGAUGAACAAGAUACUGAAGAGAGUGAGGAUAACUACACUCGUGGUAGCUCCGAGUACGCUGCCCUAGAGCGACUUUCUCGAAUGGAGGUUGCCUAUGUACCGAUACACGGUUGCUAUGGUUAUGGGGCAGAGAAGCAAAUUAUCAAACUUCGAUUUCGUCGCCGCAGCUCUUCUCUAGAUUUUCGUCCCUCUUCAGUUACGUCGGCCUCAGCGCCGUCCUCCUCUUUCCCCUUCCCCAGGAAUUGUCCUUACGAAGUUAUUCACAUCAACCUCCACCUUCGAUGUGCCUUCGCAUCAGGACGCGUCAUGGGUGCGGUGGGGAUUCGAAAGCAUCCUUACUACAGUCACAUUGUGCUUGAAGACUACAUGAUGCCUUACUAUCUUAAAAAGCUCCAUACGCUGUGCGUCAAUUGUGGUGGGUUGCGCCGCGCGAUCGUGCUGCUCAAGUGCUGGGCACACCACAUGGGGCUUAUGGCCUCUUCCUCAGGACACCCAGAGGGACUGAACGGGUUCAUCCUCUCCGCGAUGGUUCUUCAUCUGCUCGACGAAGGAAUCCUAUCGCCGAAUAUGACGGAGGAGAACGUGACGCGGACGGUAUUGGUACGCAUCACUCACGGGUAUUUCACUUCAACAUCAACAGUGUCUGCCACAAUACCGGUAAAGCCGUCUGCUGAGGAACGGGGUGAAGUCGCUGUGCUGCGCUUACAGGGUGAUGUGAUGAAUCUGCUAUUUCGUACUUCCUUAGAUUUCUUCAAGACAGUAAUUCAGCGAGCAGCAGAGGAUGCACUCGGAUAUCGCAGCGUGUUAGACAUUUUCACACAGCACCCAUUUCAGUCGCUGCAGCUACUCCACGACGUCGCCCUGACAGUACGUGGUGUCUGGGGGGCUGACAACGACGUUUCGAAGGGCGAAGAAGCUAAAACCAAUCCCAAGAAUGCUGCAGGCAAAAAGGUAGAUAGUAAUAAUCACGGGAGUAAUGACAGGGAUACUAAUAAUAUCAAUAAAAACCUCAGCGUCGGAAUUAAAAAGGCAUCUGUUUAUUUUUCUCCGUGCACGAUGGAGGCCAACGCAGUGCGAGAUGUGUUGAGGAAGGCCCUGGGUAAUCGAGUCCACUAUGUUUUGGCGUGGAUCACUGGCCCCAACGACUUGCAAGUUGCCGUUCAGCUCAUUAAUGAAAACGAAGGCAGGAAUCACCUAACACGGGGCCCACCCAUUGAGGACACUGAGGCUGUUGCCGACUUCAAUGCCUUCUGGGGGAUGGACAUCACAUCUACACGGCAGUUCCCGGACGGUGGCAUUUACCGUUGUGUGUUGUGGCACUUUUCAGAGGAGAAAGGAAUUGGCCUCUCAGUGAACCCAGCAUCGACUCGACGUGCGAUUACACCCCUCUCUGCAUCAGUUGUCUUGCGACAUGUGGUGCAAUGUGCGCUGAGGAGACACAUACAGCCGGACAUAACGGUGUCCGUGCUCUUGGGUGGCUUCGAGGACUUUCUGGCAGAACGUAUCGGCGCUGAGUGGCGGGAUGCGCUACCACUUAUGCAAGGGUCUCUUUACCAGGCUUCGCAGGACAUCCACCACAUGGUUGCCGAGCUUCCCAAGAGUGUGUUGCCAUGCAAGGUGAUCGACUUUAGUUUUGUUGCAGCAAGCGAGCGCGGUACGGAGGUGUUCCCGGUGCGACCUCAUCUGUCACUCACAUACACUAGCGACCACGAAUACCAAACAUCGACGGGAGAUGAAGGUAUCAGCACGACAGAUAGCCACGGCGAGAAAUACAUAGGCAUAAAUACAGCCCCUUGCAUUGAUCCUAUUUAUGCGAUCCUCAGUAUCGACGAUAGGGGCAAGAUACCAGAUACCCUGGAGGCUAUUGAGAUGAUGCGGGGUGCCAUUUGUGCACAACUUGCGAAAUUCUUUAACCAGAACUUUCGUCAUGGAAUUUCUUCGCCGUCUGAUAAAAGUGCUCUAUCACCUGAUUCUGCUUCUUUGCUUGCUAAAGACGGUGCAAGUUCCCAUCACUGUCCCACUUCGCGUUCGUCUGUCUUAGCUUUUGCUACAAAGCAAUAUGUGGACAUUAUCCACAAGGGGUACUUAUUCCGCAUUUUUAUUUCCCACUAUCGUGAAGUCUCCCUAUUGCGAGCCUUGCAGCGCGAUGCCGAGGCUAGCGUACUCGAGCGUAAAUUUUUUUGGACUCCCCAACAUGCCAAAUACCUGUCGAGCAUUGUGUACGGUCACCAAAGCUAUGCCAAGGCCACGCGCUUGGCCAAGCGCUGGCUGAGCGCGAUGAUGAUGUACGAAUUUGUCUUGCCCGAGGCGGUGGAGCUUCUGGUAGCAUACGCGUACCUGUCCGAAAAUGCUCACGCUGUACCGAAAACUGCCACCGCAGGGUUUCUGCGCUUUAUUCAGCUUCUCGCUACGCACGACUGGUCGACACCACUAGUUCUGCCUUUUACUGAUGAAGGCAAGGUGGCCGCUGCUGCCGCGGAUCUGGUGCGGAAACUGAGUCCACAACAAGCCAUGUACAUUGCCACACCCUACGCACCUACGACGAGUCCGUUCACACUCAACACACCCCGUCCCAUGAUUAUGUCUCGACUAGUCCAGCUAGCGAACAAUGCCUUGUCGUUGAUGAUGGGAUGGUUGCUAUGUGGUGGUGGUGGCGGCAGCAGCAUCCAGGAUAUUGAAGCCGGCGUGUUUCACAACAGCAUCUUAGCCUUCGACUUCAGUGUUCGGCUUCACCCACAACUUAUUCUGCAUCCGGACCGUGCUCUGUGGCAACGUGGAUGUGGGGCAUCCCCCCAAUCUGCGGCAGCCAUCGAAGCAAAAGACCUAACGAAGCCUCCUGUGAAUGAUGAUGGGUUCUCCGACGCGUCAAACACUACGGUUAGGCGUAUUUGGAUGUUAGACGAGCUAAAAGACAGGGAGCAGAUGCGUAAGUAUAUAUCGGCACUGGCGGAGCGCGAUCCGGCAGCGCAUGCCGUCCAGACUAUGCGCGCGACACUUCGGGAUCAAGCAAUGGUGUUUUACGACGCACUGUCUCCCUCGUACGUAUACAUUAUCGCCAUCACAGAGAGACAUGUCCUGAAGCAUAGUCAGACGAUGCAUGACACGGUGGUUCACGUUUGCCGCGGGGCCGUGCUGCCGGUUCCACCCGCUGAUGCGUUCAACCACGCACCUACCGCCAGAGGUCCUGCAGCUGCUCCGACAUCUGGAGGACCAUCCAAGGCUUCGAGCUUGGAGACGCGUAAGCGACCUAAGCGCAUCCAGGCACGAAGAGAGCACCGCUUAGAAGAGGAUGGAGCACAACAAGAAAAAAAAAUGAAGCGCCAACGAAGCCCUUCGGAUUGCCGCAAUGUUCCUCAGGGAACUAGGCGAACAGAACUCACUCAGCGUCCCAAUUCUCACUUACAGCGGCGCAACAAACCUGCUAAGUUAGGUGCACAAGACGAGGAUGCGCAUCCAAUAGGUGAGCCCACCAACACUACCUUAACUUCACGAAAGCAGGCGAAGGGUGGAGCUCCAUCCAUCAAAUCAGAGAAGGACCGAGCUCAAAGCGAAACUGACGUACAUAAGCAAAAGAUCAAGCAACACAAGAUUUGCAACAAGAUGGAGAAGGGGGGAGGAGAGAAGAAGACGACAGGUGGACGUCGUGAAGCUAAGUAA